AUGGCUACCGACUUCCAACGCGCAGCUGCACAUGUCAUAUCAGCCGAGCCGACAAGGGAUCCCAGCUACAAUGAAUUCACUUUCAUGCCCUUUCUUCGGAAGAGCUUCGGCUUCGGACUCGCUAGCGACGUGCCCGUCUGCAAAGCCUACAGCGAGGGACACUGUCCUCUUGGGCCUGCUUGCCCAGACCGUCAUCCCACUCCGUCUCGCGUGACGACUUCGACCACAACAGCAUCUGGAAUGGCACCAUCCACAACACAUGGGUCGCUAGUUUGCAAGCAUUUCCUCAAGGGCCUGUGUAAGAAAGGAUUGAAAUGCGAAUACCUCCACGAAUACAACCUCCGACGUAUGCCGGAAUGCCAGUCCUUCUCUCGAUCCGGAUACUGCACCAACGGUGAUGAUUGCCUCUACCAACACGUCCGCGAAGAGGCACGUUUACCGCCAUGCGAACACUACGACCGAGGAUACUGUGAACUGGGACCCCUGUGUGCGAAAAGACAUGUGCGUCGGCGUUUGUGUACCUUCUAUCUGGCUGGUUUCUGUCCCGAAGGAAAAGGAUGUGCGAAUGCCCACCCUCGAUGGACAGAGAACCUACCACGACCUACAAUGCGCGCUGAGAAGACAGAAGAAGAACUAGAGCAUGAGCGGACACUCAUUCGGGAAGAACAAGAGCGGGAAAAGGAGCGGGAGAGAGAAUGGCGGAACGAACGUGGACGGGGUGGAGGAUUUGGGCGUGGACGUUUCCGGGGACGAGGAAGGGGUUAG